GUAAAUUGCUUGGAUCAACACGUCGAAAAGUCUCCAAACAGAGUGGCUUUGAUCUGGGAGAGAGAUGAGCCCGGCACCGCAGUGCACGUCACGUACAGGGAACUUCUGGAUCUGACUUGCCGUCUUGCCAACACCCUGAAGAAAUAUGGGAUACAGAAAGGGGACAGAGUGGCCAUCUAUAUGUCCGUGUCUCCCUUGUCUGUGGCAGCCAUGCUGGCUUGCGCCAGGAUUGGUGCCGUUCACACCGUGGUCUUUGCUGGAUUCAGCGCGGAGUCCUUAGCUGGGAGGAUCAUGGACUCUGGAUGCAAAGCAGUUAUCACCUACAACCAGGGAGUCAGGGGAGGCCGAAUCAUACAGCUGAAGACGACUGUGGACGAAGCUGUGAAGGACUGUCCAAGCAUCAAACACGUCUUUGUGGCGCAGAGGACAGAUAACAAAGUCCAGAUGGGUGACCGUGAUAUUCCCCUUGAGGAGGAGAUGGCCAAGGCAGCUUCUGUAUGCACUCCAGAGAGCAUGGACAGCGAAGACAUGCUUUUCAUGCUGUAUACCUCAGGCAGCACUGGGAAACCCAAAGGAAUCGUUCACACCCAGGCUGGAUACCUGCUGUACGCUGCUCUCACGCACAAGUAUGUAUUUGACUACCAGCAAGGUGAUGUUUUUGGCUGUGUGGCUGACAUUGGUUGGAUCACAGGACAUAGCUAUGUCGUGUAUGGACCACUCUGCAAUGGAGCCACCUCUGUCCUGUUUGAAAGCACUCCGGUCUACCCUGACCCAGGUCGUUACUGGGAAGUGGUACAAAGGUUGAAAAUUAAUCAGUUUUAUGGAGCACCUACGGCCAUACGCUUGCUGCUGAAUUAUGGAGAAGAGUGGGUGAAGAAAUACGACAGAUCUUCCUUGAAGACCUUGGGGUCAGUGGGAGAGCCCAUCAACAAUGAAGCAUGGCAGUGGUUCUAUCACGUGGUGGGAGAAGGGCGCUGCACACUCGUGGAUACGUGGUGGCAGACAGAAACUGGUGGCAUCUGCAUUGCCCCACGGCCUUCAGAGGAGAAAGCUGAGAUCGUUCCGGCUAUGGCUAUGAGACCUUUCUUUGGGAUCGUGCCUGUGCUGAUGGAUGAGAAUGGAAAGGUUAUAGAGGGCAAUGAUGUGUCCGGUGCGCUCUGCAUUGCCCAGCCAUGGCCUGGCAUGGCAAGAACCAUCUAUGGAGAUGACCAGCGAUUUGUUGAUGCCUAUUUCAAAGCCUACCCAGGUUACUACUUCACAGGGGAUGGUGCUUACAGGACCAAAAAAGGCUAUUACCAGAUAACGGGGCGCAUGGAUGAUGUCAUCAACAUCAGCGGACACAGGCUCGGGACGGCAGAGAUAGAAGAUGCAAUGGCUGAUCACCCUGAGGUCCCCGAGACAGCUGUGAUUGGAUAUCCGCACAAGAUCAAAGGAGAAGGUGCCUUUGCUUUCAUAGUGCUAAAGGAGCAGACAGCUCAUAUAGACCGUGUCAAAGAAGAGCUCAAAACCAUAGUGGCUUCCAAGAUAGCAAAAUAUGCUGUGCCUGACCACAUUCUGGUGGUGAAACGGCUUCCUAAAACCCGAUCUGGGAAGAUCAUGAGAAGGCUGCUAAGGAAAGUAGUCACUGAACAAUCAAGCAACAUGGGAGAUACCACCACACUUGAUGAUCCAAGUGUUGUUAAGGAGAUACUAGAUGCUUACCAGAAAUACAAGGAGAAGACUUCCUCCUAACAGGCAGCUCCGCAAUCUCUCUACUUCGGAAAGGUGGAAGGUCUCAAAUAACUAGGCGAAUGACAUAGCUCUCUCUUGGUGUUUUUUUAAAAACUCUGUUCCCUUCUAGGGAACAAGAUUUCCCGCUCCACAA